AUGUCGGAUUCUGAUAAAACUCUCGAGAAUCAGAUUCUGGAAGCUGGGGAAAAGCUAAUUAACCCGCCUUCUUCAGUCGAUGAGCUUCUUUCUCUCCUUGAUAAACUUUUCCUCAGCCUGGCAGAGGUCGAGCAGUCACCUCCCGAUUCAAUGCAGAACGCACUCUCUCCUUUGACGAAAGCAUUAGUCGCUCGAAAACUCUUCAAGCAUUCAGACGACGAUGUGAAAGUCUCAGUCGCUGCCUGCAUCAGUGAGAUCACAAGGAUAACUGCUCCGGAGGCUCCUUAUGAUGAUGAACAGAUGAAGGAAGUAUUUAAGUUAAUUGUAUCAUCAUUUGAGAAUUUAGUUGACACAUCUAGUCGCUCCUAUUCCAAAAGGACCUCGAUCCUUGAUACCGUAGCUAAGGUCAGAUCAUGCGUUGUGAUGUUGGAUCUUGAGUGUGAAUCACUUCUUAAUGGUCUGGAUUUGAUUUUCGAGUUCAUGAACCCAAGAAUCGUGUUCGAGAUUACGUUCUUGAAGCAGCUUCCCAUUGAGGACACAUGUUCGUCCGGGAAAAGUCCGUAUGAUGUGGCGAACCAUGUUCAGAGAAUCAUUGCGGAUACGUUAGGGUUCGAGUGCACUAACUUGACGAAGAAGGAUAAGUACAAGUAUCUUACGUAA